AUGAUAAAGAUCCGAAAUCCAGCCAUCGUGUAUAUGUUGAACCUGGCAGUUGCUGAUGUAUUGUUUGCAAGUGCGUUACCUUUCCAGAUAGCUUAUCGUUUCUCUGGAAGCAACUGGAUCUUUGGUUCUGGAAUGUGCAGUUUUGUCACAGGGGCCUUUUACUGUAACAUGUACUGCUCUGUCCUUCUUAUGACGAGUAUCAGCGUGGAUAGGUUCCUGGGAGUGGUCUUUCCAAUCCAGUCUCUUUCCUGGCGCACUGUGCAUCGUUCCUG